UUUUGCAAUAACAUAAAAUACGUCACGCUUACUGCCGGCGUUUGGAAAAAAAUUUAUUUGAAAAGCCAUUACAUAAAACUGCUUUGGAUUUUAGAUGAAUCAACAUUGAUUGAAAUCUGAAAUGUUUCCUAGCGUUACUGCGAUAUGCCUAUUACGAUCUACCGAAUGUGCUAUGCGAUACGCUCACUCUUCAGUGUGCUAUCGAAAAACCGUUUUACGGUGUUACGCAUCUGGAGCGAAAUUUUCAGAACAUAAGGAACUGGAAAAAAUUCGGAAUAUUGGCAUUUCUGCUCACAUUGAUUCUGGAAAGACCACAUUGACAGAGCGUGUCUUAUUUUAUACAGGACGAAUUGAAGAAAUGCAUGAAGUCAAGGGUAAAGACAGUGUAGGUGCAGUUAUGGAUUCAAUGGAGCUAGAGAGACAAAGAGGAAUCACAAUUCAAUCAGCUGCCACCUACACUGUCUGGAAAGAUCACAACAUCAACAUAAUUGACACUCCUGGUCAUGUUGAUUUUACAGUGGAAGUGGAAAGAGCCCUCAGGGUACUUGAUGGAGCAGUUCUUGUUCUCUGUGCUGUAGGUGGAGUACAAAGUCAGACAUUGACUGUAAACAGGCAGAUGAAACGCUACAAUGUACCAUGCUUAGCAUUUAUCAACAAAUUGGAUCGUACAGGAUCCAAUCCGUAUAGAGUCUUAAACCAGCUAAGGACAAAAUUGAACCACAAUGCUUCUUUUCUGCAACUUCCGAUUGGAUUGGAAAAUGACUGCAAAGGAGUAGUUGAUUUAGUUCAUCAGCGUGCCAUUUACUUCGAAGGAAACCUUGGAACUACCAUAAGGUACGAAGAAAUACCAAAAGAAAUGAGAAUGGAAUGUGAAGAUCGGCGUCAGGAAUUGAUUGAACAUGUUUCAAACGUUGACGAUGUUCUUGGCGAACUAUUUCUUGAGGAGAAAGUUCCUACUGAACUGGAUUUAAUGGCUGCUAUUCGGCGCUCGUGCAUCAAAAGACAGUUCACACCAGUACUGCUGGGCACCGCUCUAAAAAAUAAAGGUGUUCAGCCUUUGUUAGACGCCGUUGUCGACUAUUUGCCCAAUCCAGGAGAAGUUGUCAACUAUGCCCACAUCGAAAAGGAAGGUUGCGAGCGUGCGAAAAUUGUAUUAAAUCCCGCUCGAACGUCAGCUAGUCAGUUUGCUGGGCUGGCGUUCAAAUUAGAAGCUGGGCGCUUUGGUCAGUUGACGUACGUACGAGUAUAUCAGGGUAUGUUAAAAAAAGGCGAUAACUUAUAUAACACACGUACGAGAAAAAAAAUUCGUGUGGCUCGGUUGGUACGGAUGCACUCAAACGAAAUGGAAGAUGUUAACGAAGUAUACGCGGGUGAUAUUUGUGCACUUUUUGGUGUCGACUGCGCUAGUGGAGAUACAUUUGUCACCGACGCUAAAUUAGAACUGGCUUUGGAAUCCAUUCAUAUUCCUGAACCGGUAAUUUCAAUGGCAAUUCGCCCGGCACACACUAAAGAUAUGGACAAUUUCUCUAAAGCUGUUGGCCGUUUCACCAAAGAAGAUCCAACGUAUCAUGUUGCCUACGACACGGACAACAAGGAAACUGUUGCGUCGGGCAUGGGCGAACUCCAUCUAGAAAUUUAUGCGCAACGUAUGGAACGCGAAUAUAAUUGUCCGGUGGUUAUGGGCAAGCCUAAAGUUUCCUUUAGAGAAACGCUUCUUGCUCCUUGUGAAUUUGAUUACUUACAUAAAAAGCAAUCGGGUGGUUCUGGUCAAUUUGGACGCGUUAUUGGAAUAAUGGAACCUCUACCUGCUUCAGAAAACACAAAAGUGGAGUUUGUCGACGAGACAGUGGGGACGAACGUACCAAAGCCAUUUAUUCCCGCAAUUGAAAAAGGAUUCCGAAUGAUGACAGAAAAAGGCAUGCUCUCUGGGCACAAAAUCGCAGGAGUACGAUUUACCGUUCGUGACGGUGCGCAUCACAUUGUUGAUUCCAAUGAAAUUUCUUUCAUUUUAGCUGCCCAAGGCGCUGUCAAAGAGGUUUACGAAAAUGGUUUCUGGCAUAUUCUCGAACCUGUUAUGAGUGUUGAAAUCACAGCACCAGAAGAAUUCCAAGGAACAGUCAUCGGACAGUUGAACAAACGCCAUGGCAUCAUCACUGGAACGGAAGGCAAUGAAGGGUGGUUUACAGUCUACGCUGAAGUGCCCCUUAACGACAUGUUCGGUUACUCUACUGAGUUGCGUUCGUCUACCCAAGGAAAAGGAGAAUUUUCUAUGGAAUAUUCACGCUAUUCUCCUGCUUUACCAGACGUCCAAAACCAAAUCAUCAAUAAAUAUCGAGAAUCCAUGGGCGUCGUUACAGAUAGCAAGAAAAAGAAAAAGAACUGAAAGUAGCUUAACUAAUUUAGUGCCAGUUAAAAUAAUUCAUGAAAUACCAACCACGUUGAUGGAUCACCUGGAUAUGAUCUGUUAUUCCUGCUAGUGACAUUUUGUAAUAUAAUUGGCUGACGUAUUGUCAGUUGGCA